AUGGGGCUUAAAUCUGUUCGCCAUAGACCGGAAUCAAGCCAUUCGUCGGUUGAAACUGAUUCUGAAACUUCGAAUCAUGAUAUUGAUGUUGAAGUAGCAGAAUCUAGGCAUGGCGAGGAAGUUGCUUCUGUUGAAACGGCUCAACCAGUGGAGUCGUCGAAAGUGACAGAAUCUGCUGAAAUUAGGGAAGAGGUUUCAUCGAUUGGAAUUCCUGUUGUUGAAGAAAAGGACACUGUAGAGCAGCCUAACGUGUUGGAGAUCGCAAAGGAAGCUUUGAGCAUGCUUUCAAGAUCUCCGAAACCUACGUUGACGAAGUCAAUGAUAAUCGAAAGUAGGCUUAAACUUGCUGCUGCUGCUAAAAAUAGUGAAGAUCCGAAAGCCGGUGCAACUGAUUUACAAGAUAAAGAUGAAACUGUAUUGAAGCCGGCUCUUCGAUCGUCAAAGCGUACAAAGAUUUCUGAAGAUUCUUCUAUUGCUGCUGAACUCGCGAAAUUGAAGGCAUCGUACAAUGUUAAGAAACCAGCGAAGCGUGUUUCAUUUGAAAAAAGCAAAGAAGAUAGCCGUGUUGCAGAAUCUGUUGUUCCGGAGAAAAAUGUAAUAAAGAAGUCUACGAGUGGUGCAAAAAGAAAAGUGUCAUUUGAAUCGAUUAAUGACGACAAUGUGGCUGAUAAAACUGUGGAGAAAUCACCGAUAAAAAAGAAAGUUAUUAAGAGUGCCGCUAGUACGAAAAGAAAAGCUUCUAUUGAAACUUCUGAACAUGAAGAAGUUCAGGAGGAAAAAUCCAUGAAGGCUUAUAAGACUAGGGCAACUUCUAGUUCUGGAAAGAAACAAGUUUCUACUGAAUCCUCUGAAUCUGAAAAGGUGGUUGAUGAUGUUUCCAUCAAGGCACCUAAGACUAGGUCAACCCCUGGUUCUUCAAAGAAAAAAUCUUAUACUGAAAGCAGUGAAUCUGAAAAAGUGUUGGAUGAUGGUUCCAUCAAGACUAGCUCUUUAUAUUAUGCUCACUUAUUUGGUCUCCUCGUUGGAAACUUGGAGACAUUCCUACCACAAGGGUUGAUCAUUGUCUGA